CGAAACACAAGUAGCGCGACACCUUAGAAAAGGCGUUUCGCGGCUUGGAGAAGCCGGAUGUUGACAGGAGGGCCCUUUGCAAGUGCAAAGGCUGGCAUGAAGGUAUCUACUUUUUCUAAAUUAGUGUUUUUUCGUUCAUUGGAAUAUCAUACUGUAGUUGGGGAGGUUCAUAUUAUUCCUGUUGUUCUGAUGUGUUGUGGAGGAUAUGCACCUUCACGUACAAGAAGGUCGUGAUGUAUUGCCAUUCUGAAGGACCAAAGUUUGAAAAUCUAAAAAUCCUUUUUUACAGCAUCAACGUAUUCGCGUACUAGCUAAACUACGUCUCCGUCUAGUGCCUCACGUGACCGAGUGCCAGUUGCACACCGCC